UGCGAGUAUAUAAAAAGCAGGCAAGCGCAAGCGCCACCGGCCAGCAUCCGAAGCGAGAGAAAAAAGGUCCCACCUACGCCCCCCAAUCGAACGGAAAGAGAGACCGCGGCCAGAUUCAUCCCUCCCGAGUCUCCCACGAGUCCGCGAAUCAAACAGCGCCCCGCUAUUCCUAUCACACUCUCCGCCCCUGCCUUGUUAAUCCGGCUCCAACCCCGCGGCGGAGCGGGUUCGGCCUUUGGCGGCGGCUCGGCUCCCUCCCCUCCGCGCGCGCAUCGCCUCGCCUCCCCGGUCUCGUGAAUCGCGUCGGUCCUGCUCGUGAGGGCUCGAGCCAAUCUUCUGGGCGAGGCCAUGAUGGAGAGGAGGUCGCUGAUGGAGGCGCUGGUGACGGCGGCGCAGGGAGGCUCCACGGACACCUCGGUGCUCUCCAUGCUCAAGUACGCCGUGCUGCCUAUCGCCAAGGUCUUCACCGUCUGCUUCAUGGGCUUCCUCAUGGCCACCAAGUACGUCAACAUCCUCCAGCCCAACGGCCGCAAGCUUCUCAACGGGCUUGUGUUCUCGCUUCUACUUCCUUGCCUUAUAUUUUCCCAACUGGGCAGCGCGAUCACUCUCGAGAAGUUGGUGCAGUGGUGGUAUAUUCCAGUAAAUAUUGUUGUAGGUGCCGUGUCUGGAUCCUUGAUUGGCUUUGUGGUGGCGUCUAUCAUCCGACCUCCUUAUCCAUACUUCAAGUUUACUGUUAUCCACAUUGGAAUAGGGAACAUUGGAAAUAUACCUCUGGUUCUCAUUGCAGCAUUAUGUCGGGACCCAUCCAAUCCUUUUGGGGACUCUGAAAAAUGCAGCCAAGAUGGAAAUGCGUAUAUUUCAUUUGGUCAAUGGGUUGGUGCGAUUAUUGUUUACACAUAUGUGUUCAAGAUGCUUUCUCCACCACCAGGAGAGACCUUUGAUGGUGAAGGGGAGAAGCUUCCGGUUCUGGCAUCUGAAGAAAACGCAAUGCCUGAACUUGGUAAAUAUCCAACAGGCACUCACACUAGUACUGUACCUGAGGAGGAGCCUUUGUUAGCUGUCGAGGGGAAUCAAAAAGGCACUACUUCUCUAGGAUCAAAGGUGCUAAGCUGUGUUAGAUGCGUGGUGAAAUUCCUGAAAGACAAGCAACUUCUUCAGCCACCCAUUAUUGCCUCUGUCUUUGCAAUUGGAAUCGGUGUUGUUCCAGUCUUGAAGGGUUUGAUAUUCACAGAUGAUGCGCCUCUAUUCUUCUUCACAGACAGCUGUCUCAUUCUUGGGGAAGCUAUGAUUCCAUGCAUUUUGCUUGCUGUGGGGGGUAAUCUUGUUGAUGGCCCCGGUGAAGGGAGUAAGAGACUUGGUGUGCGGACCACCGUUGCUAUUAUCUUUGCACGUCUGAUCUUGGUUCCAAUUGCCGGGGUUGGCAUCGUCAUGCUAGUUGACAAACUCGGUUUCAUUCCCAAAGAUGACAAAAUGUUCAAGUUUGUCCUACUACUGCAGCACUCGAUGCCCACCUCAGUGCUCUCAGGUGCCGUUGCCAACCUAAGAGGGUGCGGGAAAGAAUCAGCCGCGAUCUUGUUCUGGGUGCACAUUUUUGCAGUGUUCUCCAUGGCGGGGUGGAUUAUUUUCUACUUGACGUUGCUCUUCUAAGUACGCCGCUCCCUUAUACUGUGCUGAACUGGAACAUCCGCAAAUAGUAGAUACCAUGAGAAAACAUGGAAGAAGAUAAUAGUGUCAUGAAGUGUACAAUAGCUACUGAAGCCAUGGUGGCAGCUGCUGUGGAGGUACGAGUUGUAUCGGUACAGAUAAUGGGUUCCUCGUACCCAUCUUUGUGUACAUGCUUCCGUUAUGUUAAUUUUGUCCCCCCUCUCUCUGCCGCGAGAGGGACGAGAAUCGCGGCAGCUUGUGCCUGCCCAUAUUAUUACUAGGUCACCCUGAGAAACUUUUGGAUCCGCAUUUCAAAUAGUUUGGGCACUCCAUGAUCUAUCUAUUCGGUUGAAUGAAAGCGUAUUUUGUA